AUGUUCAAGAGCAGCUACCUGCGCAAGGAGGUGCGCAAGGAAAAGUACGAGCACUCCGACGUUUUCCACGAAGAGCCCGAGGACUCGGCGGGCAUCUCGGCCAUCCAAGGAUGGGAGAACCUCCAGGAGCUCAACAGCCGAUUCGCCCGCUACAUCAACCGGGCCCGGGUCCUGGAGCAGCGCAACGCUGUGUUCCGCAAGCAGUUGGAGACACUGCAGCGCAUGGAGGAGGCUAGUGGCCUAGAGGAGACCUUCAAGGAGCAGAUUGAAGUCAACAAACAGCGAAUCCGAGAGCUCACCUCUGACCACGGCAAACUGGAGAGGGAGCUGAGGGACGCCUGCCGUAUGCUAGAUGAGUUCACCAGCAAGUACAGAAAUGAAUGUGAUUAUCAAGAGCAACUUAGGGGCACACUGGAGCAGCUAAACAAGGAGGCUGACAGUGCUCUGCUGAAAAAUUUGGAGAAUCAGAUCCAGUCACAGUUCCUGCAGGACGACAUCAGCUCGACAAGAGAGAGACACAGGAAGAACCUUGCAGAGAUCCAGACCUAUGUACACAUUUUGCAACAAAUCAACCAGACGCUUCCACUGGCUCCCACAGUGUCAGUGGGUAUCUCAGAGGAGCAGGAGAAGCUGCUAGUGCAGAGCAGGUUGCCGGCCCUCAAGAGUCAGCUGGAGGAAUACAAGAGCGCCCUCUGCCAGCUGCAGUCCCAAAAACAGCGUCUACAGGCGGAGGCGGCGAUGUUGGAGCAAGCCAUACGGAGCACCCAGGAGAGUUUUGACGACGAGAUCCAGCUGUACAAUGAGCAAAUCGAAUCACUGCGCAAGGAGAUCGAGGAAGCCGAGAGGGCCCUGGAGAGGUUCACCAGCGAGUGUCGUCACUUGGCCAUGUACCAGACAUCUCUGGAAAAUGAGUUGGAGAGGUACAAGAGGAUCAUUGAGAAUGAAGACAACAGGUUGAAUUCGGCAAUUAUCGGCACGCCAGUCACCCUCUUUACCACCAGUUACCACUACACCCACACACCGCCUGCUUCAAACCGGGGCAGAGAUAUCACUCUUGCCAUCCAAGAUAUUAGUAACAUCAAACCUCGCCAGAAGAUCAUGGCCAAGAAAGUCCAGAAGAAGAAAGAAAUCACGCCUAGAGAUGUGAUUGACAAUGAUCAGGAGGAAGGAAAUGGAGGGGCUUCUCGGGGAGGUGCUCCAGAGGAUGACACGAAGGGGAUGUCCUCAGUUGAUAUGCAGGAGGAAACUGUUAGGAGGACUGAGGAGAGGCCUGUGUUCUCUGGAUUGUCUCCACAGGAUGUCCCAGAUGGAGCUCAGAUCAGCAAGGCAUUUGACACACUUUGUAACAUCGUUAGAGAUCGGAUGAAGAAGUACAAGAAGCCAGAGCCCAUCGCUGACUUCUACACGAAGGGUCGUUAUGUGCUCGUCACCGGCGAAGGAAGCUAUCCGGAUCCUUGCUUCUGCACUUCCAUACCAGCUGCCGGACAUGUCGUCGUCACGAUUAAAGAUCAAUCUAUUGGACGCUGUGUACCUUCCCCUCAACCACCUCAACCCACACCAUGCCCCAGGCCUCAAAUUCCCACCCCUCCCUCUCAUUUUACAGGAGGAAAAGAAGACAAUAAAGGGGGGAAAGGGAAGGACAGUGACGGUAAUGGCAAGGGUAAAAAAGAAGAGCCUGAGCCCCACAAAGACCCUCAACCAAAAGAUCCAGGCCCUGUCCAGCCUUUCUCUGGCCCCACAGAUCCAACUCCCGCAGUGGAUCCUGCCAGUCCAAAGAAGAAAAAGGAUGACAAUGGAACAGGCGGGACAACUCCCAAAUCCAUGCCCCGAACUGCUAGCAGCAGCUCCAGUUCUAGCAACAGCACCAGUACCAGCACAAGCUCUGGUUCCAGUUCCAGCUCUAGUAGCUUCACCCCAGACGCCAUGACCUAUGAGAAGGUGGUGCUAGAGUCUGUAGAGAAGUUCUCCAAUGGGCACAAGCUUAAAGGUUAUGAGGAGACUUCCAUGGUGGUGGAAACCACCAUCGAGAAAUCCAGUAAGAAGAAACAUUAG